AUGGUGGCCUACUUGUUCAAAGAUGCAGCAAGUUACAUUGCCAAGUGUGAUCCAUGCCAAAGGAAAGGAGGAAUCACCAAGAGGGAUGAAAUGCCACUAAACCCAAUUCUAGAAGUUGAGAUCUUUGAUGUAUGGGGAAUAGACUUCAUGGGACCUUUCAAGCCUUCCUCAAACGGGCACAACUACAUUUUGGUUGCUGUGGACUAUGUGUCCAAAUGGAUUGAAGCCAUUCCCUGCCCAGCCUGUGAUGCCAAGGUUGUUAUCAAACUGUUCAGAACCAUCAUCUUUCCAAGAUAUGGCAUCCCAAGGGUUGUUAUUUCGGAUGGAGGUUCCCAUUUCAUCAACAAGGUGUUUGAGAAGUUGAUGAAGAGUUAUGGAGUCAAGCAUAAGGUUGCCACGCCCUAUCACCCUCAAACCAGUGGGCAAGUUGAAGUCUCCAACAGACAGAUUAAGGCCAUAUUGGAGAAGACUGUGAGCUUCACUAGAAAGGAUUGGUCAACAAGGCUUGAUGAAGCACUUUGGGCUUAUAGACAGCUUACAAAACCCCCAUUGGAAGGUCUCCUUUCAACUUGCUAUAUGGAAAGGAUUGCCACUUACCUGUGGAGGUCGAAUAUACAAGGCUUUAUGGGCAGUAAAGAUGCUGAACUUUGA